AUGUCCUUCUCGCCUGUCUCUUCGCCUUCGUCCCUCGACAGAGUCCGGGAGAGCAUGCCUCCGUCUUCCCCGGACGAGGAGGCGGCGCGAGCCCUUGAGGCGCUAAUGUGGCCGCACGACCUCGACUCGGUGGUGAGCGGGUCGUCGCUGGAAAAGCUCCGGGAGCGUUAUUACAUCCCGGAGGAGUUUGUUCUGGUUGCCCCUGAUCCGGGGCAGCGGUCAUACGACCCGAUCCCCCGAGGUUUUGCGCUGACCCAAGAUGCCCUAGAGGCUGGGUUGCGCCUUCCCCUCCACCCCCUUAUUGUUUCCUGCCUAUCUCUCUGGCGGAUUUCGCCUUCCCAGGUGACGCCUAACUCAUGGCGGUACCUGGUAGCGUUCCUGGGGGAGUGUUACUAUGCUAACAUCACCCCUACCCGAAAACUCUUUCUUUCAUGUUUCCGCCUUCUCAAGGGGCCGGGGGGCUAUUUCGUGUCGGCCCGGGCUGGCUUUCGCGUCGGGGGAGCCCCUUCGAGUAAUAAAGGGUGGAAGGGGCGGUUUUUUUACGUCAGCUGGCCGAGGGAUUGGGGCUUCGGGGUUCGGUGGGCGGUGAGGGUGAUAGAUAACACCGUCCCGGAUUUGAACGACGAGGAGUGUCGGGAUUUGAAGAGGCUUCGGGCAAUCCUUCCCGGCUCUCAGGCCAUCCGAGCUAUGACCGAGGAGUGGCUAGCCGAGGCGGGUCUUAGCCCGGCUUUCGGGGGAAUGAAGCUCCUGUCCCUCCGUGGUGGUCGCUCUUCGUCGGCUUCUUCCCCGCGCCAGUCCGCUGCUUCCCCUCCGCGUUCCCCAGCCGACCCGGUGCCCGGUUCGGCGGGUGCCCCAUUGGAGAUCCCUGCGGGACGUCCGUCCAAGAAGGCGAGGACGACGGGUCCGGGGAAAACCAAGGCGGGGACCGCUCCUCCAACAGUCGUGGGUGCCAAGCGGACCACUCGGGAGGAGGGGCCUUCCCGAUUUGAAGGGCCUAGCCAGGGGGCGGCCGGGAAGAGGGCGAACCUGCCCACGGUGGAUGAUCUGUGCGGGCUACGCGCGGGGGCCGACGAGCCCCUAUGGGCAGCGGUGAUGGGCGAGCUUCCGACAGGGGAGGCUUCCGACCCGCUGGUCGCCCGAUGGAAGGGGCUAUCCCGAGGGGACCGGGUAUGGGCCGGGGGAGAUCCCUCGGCCGCCUUCCUUCGAGGCGUGCUCCACCCCGACCUGGCUCGGGACCUGUACACUCUGCCCUCGGAGACCAUGCUCAGCAAGGCGGGGAGGUUCCUGACAUUGGGCCUCCAUUAUUCGACGGCGCUGAUGGACCGAGUGCGCGACGCUGGCCAGAUAAUCUGGGACUUCAGCGAGCGCAACUCCGAGUUGUGUCGUCAGCUAGAGGAGAUUCGGGCUGGGUCGGGCCCCGAGGCGGUAGCGGCUGCGGAAAAACGCGCGACCUGUUCCGAGGAAGAAGUGGCGCGUUUGCGAGCAGAGCUCGAGCGGUCGGGCGAUUCGGUCAAGGAGCUCCAGGAGUUCCUUCGUUUGGAUCGGGCCGAGCUCCGCCGGUCGAAGUCAGAGGCGCUUGGUCUCUCCAAGAGGGCGGAGAAGGCCGAGGCUGAAGCCCGCGCUGCUUCCGAGGCGUUGGCUGAGGAGGUUCGCCUCCGCCCGUCGAAGGACAAGGAGGCGAUCGAAGCUUACAAGAAGUCCGAGAACUUCGAGCUCGGGCUGACCCGAAUGGGGCGAGUAUCCUACGAGUAUGGAUACAGGAUCGCCCUGGGUCGCUUCGGUUCGUGCCCUCCCGGCUCCGAGGUGGAAAGGGAUCCGUUCGCCUCUCACCCCGUGGACCUGGAGGUGGAUAUGCCGGAGGACGUGCCGUUCGACGACCGCCCGAAGACUCCGAGUGAGGAGUGA